CUGCAAACUGCCGUUGAGCACGAAGAAGAAGAAGAAGAAGCAGGAGAAGAAGAAGAAGAAGAUUUUUAACACCUCUCGUGUCUUGAACAAAAGACGUGUUUCGAGGUAGCUUAGCUUCUUUUAGCCUCGAGGAAGAGACGGAAGUCUGCGUGAAACAUGUGUAAAGUCACAAUGUUGAGGGAGUUGGUGAAGCUCAAGCUAAACUUGGCCGUCGAGGAGAUAUUCGAGCUGUUCGAGAGAACCAUAGCCGAAUACGAAGAGGCGAACGAGCGGCGGCAUCGUCUGCUCCUCGACGCCGUUCUCAAACCUCGUGUUCGACUGCGAAGAGCAGGUGUGCAGCUUGUGUCGGAGACAAAAGAAGAGGUUUCCGCUGAGGAGCAGGAGGAGCCGCCGGUGAAAAAAAGGAAUGUGGGGAGGAGAAGCAAUAGCUCAAGCAAACGAAAGACAGCAGAAGCUAAUGGGCAACGGGGUGAAGAUGUACACUUCCAACCAGACCACUUGGCUUCAAUAUCCGAUACGGAUGACGUGAUGGCAGACACUUCUGACAAUGAUCACGGCAACGACUCCAAAGAACCUGUGGAGACUAAGAAGUUGAAGUGCUCUGAAUGUGGUGAAAUGUUUGUCCGCAAAGAAGAUUUGGAGAGACACGCCAAAACACACACUGGAGAGAAACCUUUGAAUAGCGCAGUUGUAACCAAACCAUUCAACACUGUUAAGUCUUUUACCUGCUCAGUUUGUAUGACAAGCUUCCCGAGUAGAGACUGUCUCAUAUCGCACAUAAGAGCACACACCGAAGAGAAGCCGUUGGCCUCCACUAGCUCUAGUCAACAAGUGACGACACAAGCUGAUGGGCAACGUGGUGAGGACGUACAAUCCCGAGCAGACCGCUUGGCUCCAAUAACAGAUAUGGAUGACAUGACGGGAAACUCUUCUGACUCUGAUCACAAUGACGGCGCCAAAGAACCUUUGGAGACUAAUAAGAAGUUUAAGUGCUCUGAAUGUGGUGAAAUGUUUGUCCACAAGGCAGAUUUGGAUCGACACGCCAAAACACACACUGGAGAGAACCCUUUGAAUAGCACAGUUGUCAUCAAACCAUCCUUCACGUUUAAAUAUUUCAGCUGCUCAGUUUGUAGGAAAAGCUUCACUAGUCGAGAGUCUCUCACAACACACGUGAGUGUACACGCCAACGAGAAACUGUUGGCCUCCACUAGCUCUAGUCAACAAGUGACGACAGGAGCUGAUGGACAACGCGGUGGAGCUCUACGCUCCCACCCAGACAACUCUGCUCCAAAAUCAGAUAUGGAUAACAAGACGGCAAACUCUUCUGACUCUGCUCAGAAACAACCUUUGGAGAUGAAUGAGAAGUUUAAGUGCUCUGAAUGUGGUGAAAUGUUUGUCCGCAAAGACGAUUUGGAGAGACACGCCAAAACACACACUGGAGAGAAACCUUUGAAUAGCGCAGUUGUAACUAAACCACGGAACACUUUUAAAUAUUUCACCUGCUCAGUUUGUAAGAAAAGCUUCACUAGUAGCGAUUGUCUCAGAUCACACAUGAGCGUACACAGCGACAUAGUUUCAGUACAGGCCUCCAGUAGCUCUGGUCACCACAUGGCGAAAGAUCUUCACACACUGAAAAUCGUACGUGCACAAUGCGAUGAAGAUCUAAACUCCAAAACAGACAACUUGGCUCCAGUACCAGAAAAGGACGACGCAACGUCAGACUCUUCUGACUCUGAUCCCGGUGACGAUACCAAAGAAGCUUUGGAAACAAAUACGAAGUUCAAGUGCUCGGAAUGUGGUGAAACGUUCGUCCACAAAGGAGAUUGGGAUGGACACAUGAGAACACACACUGGAGGGAAACCGUCCAAUUGCACAGGUGUCACUCAACUAUUCUACACGCUUAAAUCUUUCACCUGCUCAGUUUGCUUGAAAAGCUUCCCGAGUAACGACAGUCUCAUAUCACACACGAGAGUACACAUCGACGAGAACGCGUCGCCCUCCACCAGCUCAAGUCAGCACGUGACGACAGAAGCUAAUGGAGAACACUGUGAAGAUCUAGAAUCUGAACCAGAGAGCCUCUUUGCUCCAAUAUCAGAUUCGGACAUGACGUCUAACUCUUCUGAGGGUGAUGACACCAAUGCAUCUUGGGAAACUAAUAAGAAUUCUGGCAACAAACAAUUGAAUUGUUCCCAAUGUAGGAAAACAUUUCCCACUGAAACUGAUUUAAAAAAUCACAUGGUAACGCACACCGUGAAACCUUUCGCUUGCUCGCUUUGUGAUAAAAGAUACUUCAGGCAGAGUCACAUGAGGAGACACAUGAGGGGAGUACAUCCACAGGAGAAAUCUGGGAGAUCGGAAGCUAGUGAAGGAUCGCAAGCAGACAACAAUGCCACGGAACCUUUGAAGUCGAAAGCUGCUAAGACACGGAGCAAAGACAAAAAACCCUUCAAGUGCUCUCAUUGCGGGAAAAGGUUUGCCCUUAGUGGUUUUUUGACCAGACACUUGGUAAUACACAAUCUGGAGAAACCUUUCGCUUGCCAAUUUUGUGAUCAAAAGUUCAGUUUUCAGGAGGCUUUGACGAAACAUGUUCAGCACCUCCACUGACAAGAGGCCUGUUCGGUGCGUGCUGGAAGAUUCUGGGACAGGACCGGACAGGGAUGGCACGCCCAUCGUUGAGCAAACGUUCGUUCCAUCGCAAUGUGUAUUGUGGUAAAUUAAGCUACAAUACUUCAAAACAGCUCUGAAGCCAACUUUUAUUUUAACAAGCUCACAUUCUGUGUGACUAUUUGGUGGAAAUGUCUUUUUUGUGUCCCCAUUUUUAUCAGCGUACAUUUUAUUUGUGUGUGUGCAUAACAUGUUCAUUUAAAGUUAGGGAUAUUGGGCAUUCUUCAAAAUGUAACCGAUUUGGCUUUAUAGUGUAUAUUUUAAAACGGUCAGCAUGGUGGACCCAGUGGUUAGGACAUCUGCCUCACAGUUCCGAGGUUUGGCAUUUGAAUCUUGAACUGUAAGCGUGAAUGUGAAUGAAGGGUGGCUAUAUGUGCCCUUCGAUUAACCGGCAACCAGUAAUUCUGGGCCCCGAUAGCCCCUCCACUGCAAACACAAAAUUUUCCUAUUGAUGUAAAUUGUGUUGUUUCAACGUUUUAUAUCAAAAGCCAGGCCUGUAAAUGACCCACAAAGUACACUAUAAAACAACUAUGUAGUGUGAAUUCGCUGGUCUCCCUGGCAACGGCCAAGACCGGAUCGUUGACGCCUAAAAGGAUUUUGAACCCGAACACCUUCCCCUCCCUUGCAACAAUUUGAAAGAAACGGGACGUGCCGCCCGACCACCGUCGAUUGAACUGGGGGCCGAAGAAUGGACAUUCCAGGAAAGAAAAAGGGACUGUUAGUUUCGGCACACGAGUGCUUUUUUUUUCUUCAUCUGAAUGUACAUAAUCAAACAAGUGCACACCCACUUAUCUGAGGUCUAGCGUUUUAAUGUUUCACAAGUUAUCUUGUAUCAAGCCUAUCUGUGUUUUAAAGUUUUAAAGACUUCUUGCAAGGAAGGAUGAAAAGUUUAAAUUCCACACCUAGCAUAGUUUGCAGAGGGAUCAAUAUGGUGAGAUGCUGUUUGGGAAAAUAAACUUAUUAGAGUCUUGAAUUUCAAAAUAAAUGAAUAAAUCUGACCAUAACUAUGAGGUUGAUGUACCAGCUGUUGUGGGGCAUAAAUUUAGCAUAAGACAAAUUCCCUCUUAAAUCUCAGCUGUUGCAUGGAAUCUUUACAUUUCCUUCAUUCGUUUAUGCUUCAUCCUUCAUGCACCGUAUACCUUGUUUGUAUACACUGUUUUUCUUGACUCAUUCUUUAUCUGGAGUUAAUAAAUUCUUUAAAAAAAAAAAAAAAGAACCUGGUUCCGUGUUUGUUGAAAUGUGGCCUCUGUACGCUGGGUUAAAAAAAAAAAAAAAAAAAAAAGUCUCCCAUUUUGUGUGGCAGUCUUUAAGAAAUGACACCCAACUAAUUUACCGACUUUAUUAACAUUGAGUGGUGCACUGAGAUAUAUUUAAACUAGCACAUUAAGUUUAAAUAGUUAGUUUGCAAGUAAUAUUUUUAAUCAGAUCAAAAGUAGAGUGCUGGCAUUGUGCUCGUCGUAACUUAAUCUUAAUGACCGAUUUGCGCUACAACAACUAUUUCAUUUCUAUGUUCAAAAUAUUGGGAAUGCUACUGUGUAAACCAGUGGUUCUCCAACUGGGGGCCAUGAACUGUAGUUAGCGGGUCAGAAUGUUUUUACCCCGCCCCCCAAAAAAGUGCAUACCAACUUGUGGGGAUGUGCCAAUUAAACAAUUAACCAAUUCCAGGCGAGGAUUAAUGGCUCAAUACAAUUGCGAAAUAAUGACAUACUGUAAAUCUGACUUCCCUGCGAUCUAUGUUUUUCCUCAAACGAAAGGUGUAUUAUUUAGAAAAAAGUUAUUACAUUUGUACAGAAUAAAAACAUCUUUUCCAGAUAAAUGGUACUAUUACACAAAUACAUUUGCAUUCUUGAAAUUAAUUUAAAAUAACAGAAACUUUGACUUUAAUAUCAUAAGAUUAUGACCUGUUGGAGAGUUGGCUGCUACCCUACCACCCAGAGCCAAAGUCCUGAAUUCAUAAACUAUAGCAACCUCACCAAUGCGUGCUCGUUUUUCCUCUCAGGAAAGAUAACCAAUCAAGAAACUCACACAGAAUGGAAUUUAAUCUGUUUUUUUUUUUAAAUAAAUCUCAGGAGUUCAGCAAAGUACAAAAAUCACAGAAUUCCGGCCUGUUUUCUCUCCCUCAACCCAAAUCUGGCAUCGGCCAUGCAGAAGAGGGCCCUCACAGUUUAUAGAUACCAAUACAAGUGAGUCAUCCGGCAGCUGUCUUGACUCCAGCUCAUCCUGCUCUGCUGCCUCCCCCUUUUCUGCUUCCUGUUGACUGCGCCAUCUGAGAGAGUGAGGUCUUGUUUCUCUUCUUUGCUUGCUUCCUGUAAAAAAAUAAAUACAAAUGUUGUUUUUUGCUAGCACACGCAGCUGCAGGCCUAUUGUACAAGUGGUCAAGGUUACUGUCAGGCCGGCCCUAGUCUUAAGCAAGCUAUGCUGGAGUCAAAAAAUGUAUAGAUAAUUUGACAAUUGUGCCUUUAGACCUCAGCUAGCCUGAGGUCAACCCAUGAGUAUGCGCAAACAUUUAGACAGACCGUACCGUACAUUCUCCAGCGAUUGGGAGGGGAGGAGUCUGAUGUACGCAUGCGCAGUACGCAGUACGCCAUGUUGCCACCACAGAGGAAGAAAAGGCGCAAGUCAAGAACACAGCAGACUGGAGCAUUGUGUCAAAAUGUGCAAAGUUAGAAUGCUCAGAACGUUGGUGAAGCAGCGCCUAAAUGUGGCCGUCGAAGAAAUACUCCAACUGUUUGAGAGGACGAUCGCGGAGUACGAGGAGGAACUUUCUCCAACGAAAGCGGAGAAGGAACGGCAAGGCCAACAACGACUGGACCUGUUCUCAAGCCUCACCUUCCGUUACGCGAAGCGGGUUUGUUGAUUUAUUUCUUCCCACAUAAGACGACUCUUUAUUUCCAUUACUUUUGAACAGUUUGCGUAAGAUGCGCUUUCGAGAAUAGUUUUGAGCCCCAGUCUCCCAUCAUGUGCUCGGUUUGAUGACAUAACUAUCCAGUACAGUUACAAUACUUUGUGGCCAAAAAGUAUUAAGAUUGUGGCUUUGAAUUUAGUAUUUUGUGAGCAGGUUAUAUCUAUACUGUGGCCACGAUUGAUAUUAUUCUUCUCUGUAUGUAAUGUGUCGGGUUCAAUAAAAAACCCUGCUAUAGCUUCUGUCUGUCUGCAAAAUAUUUAUUAUAUAUGUAUUGGAUCCCACAAUAACUCACACAGAGUUAUACCUUGACUUAUGACUUUGUUGAGCAAACUAAUAACGCCAUAAGCUUGUUUAUCAAAUCAGUUUCCCCCCCAUCCAUCCAUUGUGUGUAUCAUUUAUCCUCACUGGAUUGUGGGUGACGGAGUUAAUCCCAGUUGAUUUUGAUUGAGAGGCUGGAUACACCCCAUUGAAAUUAACUUAAAUAUUAACAUGAGCCAGCCCCCCCCCCCCCAGGAAAAAAAACAAUUAUUUAAAAAACAUUUUAUUUAAAAAAAAUAGCUCCACAUUGUAAAAUGCAGAUACAAGAAAAGAAUAAUGUGUAACUGAGCCAAAAGUCACACACACAGUGUAGUAUUGGAUUGCCUUUAAGGGGCGUGGCCUGCAUUUAUCGCUCGAUUUGUUCAGUAUUGGCAUCUUCUCCAUGCUCCUUGCGAGUGUUUUCAUUUCGUAUUGGUGUGUUUGACUGUUUGUCCUGUUCAAUAAACAGAUGAAAGUGCAUUUAUUUA